CCAUGCCCGGCUCGGGCUGCUCUGCUCCACGCGCUCAAGAGGCUCCCUUUCCCGGGCUGCUGCUGCUGCUGCUGCUGGUGACAGAAGAAGACCCCGGGAGGAGGAGGAGGAGGAGGAGGAGAAGGGAGCGCGUCUGCCCAGCCACCUUACACCGGCUUCGGAGCGCCUUGGCACCUAGCCUCAGGAGACGGGGAGGCGAAGAGGAGACCACCGGAGCCCCUUUCUUUCCCUGAUCGGUUGGAGGAGGAGGAGGAGGAGGCGAGGCCAAGGCGCCUGGACCCCGGGGGGGUGGCGGGGCUGGUGGCGGGUGCGUGUGCGGAGGAGCCCGGGGCUGGGGGCUUCUCUCCGCCGCCCCGCGCCAUGCACUUGCUGGGACUGCUCCCUCUGGGCUGCUGCUGCUAUCUGCUGGUGGCCACGGCCCAGGCCUAUGAGUCCGGGCAGGGCUUCGACCAGGAAGAGACAGACCUGGCAACGGGCACCAAGCAGACUUAUGCAAGCAAAGAGUUGGAGGAGCAGUUGCGAUCCGUAUCCAGUGUGGAUGAACUCAUGACAGUACUUUAUCCAGAAUACUGGAAAAUGUUCAAAUGUCAGUUGAGAAGAGGGAGCUGGCAACACAAUAGGGAGCAGUCCAACUUCGAUGCAAAAUCAGAGGAUUCAAAUCCAAUAAAAUUUGCCGCAGCACAUUACAAUGCAGAGAUCUUGAAAAGUAUUGAUAAUGAGUGGAGAAAAACUCAAUGCAUGCCACGUGAAGUAUGUGUAGAUGUGGGGAAAGAAUCUGGAGCAACAACAAACAUCUUCUUUAAACCUCCAUGUGUGUCCGUCUACAGAUGUGGAGGUUGCUGCAAUAGUGAAGGGCUGCAGUGCAUGAAUAUCAGCACAAGCUACAUCAGCAAAACGUUGUUUGAAAUAACCGUGCCACUGUCUCAUGGUCCCAAACCUGUAACAAUCAGUUUUGCCAAUCACACAUCCUGUCGGUGCAUGUCCAAACUGGAUGUCUACAGACAAGUUCAUUCAAUCAUUAGGCGCUCUUUACCCAUGACACAACCACCGUGUCAUGUGGCAAACAAAACUUGUCCAAAAAAUCAUAUCUGGAAUAAUCACAUUUGCAGAUGUCUGGCACAACAUGACUUCAGUUUCACAUCCUACCUUGGGGAUACUGAUGCUUCUGAUGGAUACCAUGAUAUCUGUGGACCUAAUAAGGAACUUGAUGAAGAAACCUGUCAGUGUGUCUGUAAAGGGGGAGUGAGGCCUUCCAGCUGUGGACCUCACAAAGAAUUAGACCGAACAUCAUGCCAGUGCACGUGUAAAAAUAAACUGCUGCCAAGCUCAUGUGGAUCCAACAAAGAAUUUGAUGAAGAAAAGUGCCAAUGUGUAUGUAAAAGAACAUGUCCUAGAAAUCAGCCAUUAAAUCCUGCAAAAUGUAUUUGUGAAUGUGUAGAAUCUCCAAAUAAGUGUUUCUUAAAAGGAAAAAGAUUUCAUCAUCAAACAUGCAGUUGCUACAGACCACCAUGUACAGUUCGAACGAAACGCUGUGAGCCUGGAUUUUAUUACAGUGAAGAAGUGUGCCGCUGUGUACCCACAUAUUGGAAAAGACCACUUAUCAAUUAGAGAAGCCAAUAACCUGUGGCAAUUUGGUGUACAUUUUUUCUCUUUUUGUUUUAAGACUGCUAAUAUUUUGGAUUUACUGUGCAGAAGAAACUUAAUAGGAUUAUCAAAGACAGACUCAUUUGUUCUCUGAGACACAUGGGACACAAAUGCUUUUUUUUAAAAAAAACUGGGAUUUUCUUCAUUAUAAAGAACUCACUAUGGACUUAAAUUUUGCUACUGGCCAAACAUCCUAGGUUUUCUUCCUUGUGAUUUUUUUUAUUAAAGAUAAUGACUAUAUAAUUUAUUUCCAUUUAAAAAAUAUUGUACUGCAUUCUUGUUUAUAGCAGUAACAGUUGUUAAAUCUCACUGUGAUCAAUAUUUUUAUAUUGUACAAAGUAUGUUUUAA